UCAUGAACUCAUGAUUGCAUUGUCGCAAUAAAUAUUCAGCUUAAAUGUUGAUAUUGAAAUUGAAUGAAUAUUGAUCUUAUUAUUCUUGAAUUUCCGGGUUACUUUGGCUGGAAAGCACUAGGGAGCGUGACACGUCAUUCGAAUAUGCGAACGAUAAUAAUCGAUUCGUCGUACUGAGUAUAAUUCGGCUUCGAGUCGAGAUAUUUCUGCUCUUUGGUCUUGUGACGUCCGGCGAAAGUUUAGAUAUUUUGUUUAUUUUUCGCUGUAUACCAAGUAAAUAAAUUUGCGACAUUUACCAAUUAAAAUGUGCCUGCAGUAAGCUUUACAGACUUGCAUUUGGAGGAAAUCUCGUGUCGCCGACCGAUCAGCUGUUUUUUACUUGGACAAUAAUUGAAGGCUCCGUCUGCAAAAAGCGAAAGUUGAAGAAAAGUGUGCUCUGUUGGUUAUGCGAUUGUUGUCAACAUCGCACAAGGAAAGCGGAUCAAUUGUCAUCCAACAAUUGAUUGAAUUUCGAAGAAGAUAAUCAUGACUGGGCAAAAGGGACCAACGGAAUUACAAGUGUUCAAAACGGUGCUAAUGCACUGCAUCGUUAUAAUAGCUUUUCCUGUGAUAUCAUUCUUCGUCAGUAAAAUCUUCAUUUUUGACGGAAUCUUAGGAUUGAGCACAGUAACAAGCAAUGUCUAUGCUGCAGGCGUUGCAGUUUUAGUGCUGCACGUAGCUCUAGCAGCGUUCAUAUAUAGAGCAUACUUUGACACACCUUCAAAGACUCCAACGAAAUCAGAUUAAUUGCUGAUUUUUGUUGUGCAUUUAUACUUAAUAAUUAAAUUAAAAGCAUUAAUAUAUAAUCAGACAACUAAUUAUAAGAAAAUGGAUGCAUUGUUCUUGUGAAUAAAAAGGACCAGACUUUUUUAUAUUAGAUAAGCUUGUUUUUAUUGUACAGUUACAAUAGAUUUUAUCUUCUUUCCAAAAGGUACCUAUUACUUAUGAUUUUCUUUCACUUUUCACUUUUUUAAAAUUAAAAAAAAUUAUCUAACAGAAAUGUGACUACUAGCUGCAAAUAAACUCAAGAUGUGAUUUGUAGCAAAA